AUGCACUUCGGUCUAACAUCUUUGUUUCCUGGUCUGGCCUCCAGCUUCAGCUCCAAGCGCCCUCAGGACAGCCCUCAGACCAAGCUUCGCAAGACACCGCCUGCGCCGAGCAUCGUAAACGAUCUCAAAACCCGCGAUCGUUCCGGCAAGCGGAAUGGUGAUCUACCCACAGUACUAUCCAUCGCUUACGAAAAGUUCCGCGAUCGAUUUGCGCGCCAUCGUAGAAGCCAAGUAUCACAGCGAGCAGAUGUGUCGCACGAAGCCGUUGCUUCACAAACAGCCGCGCGUUUGCUACCAAGCCUCAACGUUAUCUCUGGUGUCUGCACCAUCAUCGAAACGCUGCCCGAGCUACCUCAGCGGUUGCUUAUGCCCGAAACUACGACGGAUAGUGGAGAAGGUUGGUUCAAAGUAGUUGAGCGUGCCUGCGGCAAUGACAACUCCGCAAUCGUCGCCCUCAUCCAGCGCGAAAAUGCUGUCUCGCCCAGCGGUGCCAAAUCUGACGAGGAGGUUGAAGACUAUAAAUCAUCCACGCCUAAGUCGGGCGGUUCGGUAACCUCUUCUUUAACAAGCGCGUGCUCUGAUGGCGAAGCGCUUGAUCGCGCGGACUGGGAGCCACUCCGUGCGCUUGACCAUUCGAACUUCCAGAAAACCCUUUGGCAACAUCUCAACCCCUGUUCCGAGUACUGCGAAGAUGACUAUCUCUUCUGCGGCGAAUUUGAGGGUGGCUACAACUUCGUCCGCAUAUACCGGGUUAUCAAUAGCCCUAACGACGGUGAAUAUGUGGUUAAGAUUCCUUGCGUCGGCACCGCUGCUCGCUGGCAGAAGCAGGAUGCGUAUAUGCUUCGUUCGGAUUUUGGCACUAUUGAGUUUAUUGGCGAGCGCACCAAGUGUCCCGUCCCUGAGGUCGUGGCCUAUGACGACAAGCUGGACAACACGCUAGGUGCGCCUUACAUCUUGAUGAAGGCCUGCACAGGCAGAUCCGCCUCUGAAGUCUGGCACGACGCUCACCCCAUUCAUAAAGACUGGGAUCGGGACACAGUCGACUUUCCUUCCGCGGAACUGGCGGCGAAACGUUCGCGCAUGCUUCGUUCGCUGGCUCAAGCCAUGGCUGAGCUGCGCCAUCUUGAGUUUGAUAAAAUCGGCGCGCUGUGCUUUGACAAUGUUGACGCAAACGGAAAGCCUACCGUUGGUUCGCUCUGGGAAUGGAAUAUCGACCCAGAACUGAUAGCGGAAGACAUGGCCACUGAAAAGGCUCUUACUGAGAAGCCAGUGUACGACUCAGGCUUGGAGCUCUACACGGAUGGUCUGCUUGAUGUCUGGCCGUUCGAGGGACAUGAAGGAAGGCCCGGCGUCAUCCAUGGAGUCCUGGAUGCAUUGUUUCGAAGCGACGCUUUCGCGAAAUCUGUCAAGCCCGGGGAUAGUGAGGAGACCUUCGUACUCCGUCACGACGACCUCAACCUCCAGAAUGUCUUCUGCGAUCCCGAAACAGGCGAGGUGACCGGUAUCAUCGACUGGGAGCGCGCUUCCAUCGCCCCACGCUGCCUCGGCUACGCUUCCCUUCCAAAGUUCUUGACAUUAGACUGGAUGCCAGGGUACGAAGUUCUCGAUGCGCCGCACUCUCCUUUGUCGCUACAGAUGUACCGCGAGAUCUACGCCGACGCAAUGGUCGAGAUCACUGGAGUAGACGGUGACGGCAAGUAUACGUCCAAGUCUGCGCUGUACCAGGCCGCACACGCAGCGUUGUUCGGUAGUAGUGAAGGUGGCGAUAUUCGUGACUUUGUCCGAAAGCUGCUGCAUGAGGUGCCUGGACUGCACCACACGGACCUUGACUUGUAUAUGACUUGGCUUGGCGAGCACUGGGAGGCGGUCGGUGGCUCUGUCAAAGAGGCUAUAGUGAAGGUUGCGAAACCGCCAGCCACCAACCGAACGAUGAGCUAUCCUAGAUUUUUGGGAAUAGGGUUCGACGAGCCUCGACAUUUAGAAGUGCGGAAGCCAAGUUACGACGUGAAGGAGGGCUCGGAAGUUCUCACUAAAGAGCAGGUACUCGCAUCGCUCCAGCAGUCCUGCCCGGAUGCGCUGGCCACUUUCCCAGCUCCUGAGGCGUUCGAGGUUCGAGAGUACCGUCCGGGUCAAUACGCGCUCAAGGUCGGCUUUGCCGUGAAGAAGAAGUCUAAGAAGAUCGGAGACUUACUUUGGCUUGACGAGCGUGACCAACCCUCUACCAGGUACAACAACACAGUACGAGAGAACAACGCUAUCAGGAAGCAGAUGGGCCUGUAUUAUUCAACGACGACAGACUCUUCCCGUAACACAUACGUCAAGAACGCAAGGGUCAUCAAGGGCGACGGAGUAUUCGGCAGGCUGAACGGCAGUGGCAUGAUCUCGCCGUUCUCCCUCAAUAUCAAGGCGCUCCUGAAGUUCGUUCUCCUGUAUUGUGGUUAUGCAACAGAGUACAAGACAUUCGAGAACAAGGGUCGGGAUGAUGGCCUUAUGUCACUCGUUCGCGUGCUAAAAACCUUCGCAAAGCAUGCGACGACCGCUGAAGAAGACGUUGCAUCCACCCCGGAAGACGGUAACGGUGCCCCAAAUGGCUCGGACGAAGAAGGCGAGGUGUUUGCGACGGAUGAUAGCGAUGAAGCAUCGGUCAAUCGCAAUGAGUCAAAGCGGAAGGAGACCAUGGGCGCAGAAGUCGACGAGGGCGCACCUGCGAAGAAGAUUCGCGUAUGCUAG